UGAGGCUAUCCACAACCUCAUCCCUCCCUCCCCUCCUCCUCUCCUCUCGCUUCCGCCACCCGUCCCAAAAAAAUCCUCCUCCUCACUCUCUCCCUUUCUCUACAUAUCUUUUCCUCAAGUGAAGCUCUCGCCCCUGCUCUUGCCCAUUGUCCCCCGGCGAGCAUGGCGUCGGCUACUCUCUCUGUGGCCUCUGUAGCUAAUGCCUCGGUCCAGGCUUCUGCCAAGGGUUUCUCGGAGUUCUCGGGGCUAAGGAGCUCGGCAUCCUUUCCUGUUACGAGAAAAUCAUCAGAUGACUUCCUUUCUGUGAUCGCAUUCCAGACUUCUGCGAUUGGCGGGUCUGGGUACAAGAAGGGAGUGGCUGAAGCAAAGCUUAAAGUAGCAAUCAAUGGCUUUGGAAGGAUAGGGAGAAACUUCCUCAGGUGCUGGCAUGGACGCAAGGACUCGCCCCUGGAUGUCAUUGUCAUCAACGACACUGGAGGUGUCAAGCAAGCAUCUCACCUCCUCAAAUACGACUCCACCCUCGGAACCUUUGAGGCAGACGUCAAGGCCGUCGGUGAUGAUGCAAUCUCCGUCGACGGCAAGGUCAUCAAAGUUGUCUCCAGCAGAAACCCCCUCACUCUUCCAUGGAAGGAGAUGAACAUCGACCUGGUGAUAGAAGGAACGGGUGUGUUCGUGGACAAGGAAGGUGCAGGGAAGCACAUAGAGGCAGGGGCGAAGAAGGUGCUCAUCACCGCCCCCGGCAAGGGAGACAUCCCCACCUACGUGGUUGGCGUGAACGCUGAUGCCUACUCCCACGACGAUGUCAUCAUCAGCAACGCCUCCUGCACCACUAACUGCCUCGCCCCCUUCGUCAAGGUCCUCGACCAGAAGUUUGGCAUCAUCAAGGGGACCAUGACGACGACCCACUCCUACACGGGGGACCAGAGGCUGCUGGACGCCAGCCACCGCGACCUCAGGAGGGCCAGGGCCGCAGCUCUGAACAUCGUGCCUACGUCUACCGGCGCGGCCAAAGCCGUGGCGCUCGUGCUCCCGACGCUCAAGGGGAAGCUGAACGGAAUCGCGCUGAGGGUGCCGACGCCCAACGUGUCGGUGGUGGAUCUGGUGGUGCAGGUGCAGAAGAAGACGUUCGCGGAGGAGGUGAACGCCGCCUUCAGGGAGAGCGCGGACAAGGAGCUGCAGGGCAUUCUGUCGGUGUGCGACGAGCCCCUCGUGUCCGUCGAUUUCAGGUGCUCCGACGUGUCGUCGACCGUCGACGCGUCGCUGACCAUGGUGAUGGGCGACGACAUGGUGAAGGUGAUCGCCUGGUACGACAACGAGUGGGGAUACUCACAGAGGGUCGUCGACCUCGCUGACAUCGUCGCCGCUAACUGGAAGUGAUGUCAACCGGUGCAGCAACACCCAGUGCUGCUCCCAUCAACUCCUACCGCCCCUCUUAGAGUGAGACAGAGAAAGAGGGAGCCAUGAAUUUAGAUCGACCUCAUUCUGCGGGCGUUCUCGCAGGUCUGCCUUUGCAUUUAUUUUUUUCUUUUUUGGCCAAAGCUCCUCCACCUUCGCCUCCCCAUCUUUCUUCUUCUCAAUUCUUCUUUUUUGCUUUGUGAAGUCUUUGCUUGGAGAGUCCCCACAUUUCCCUGUUCUCUGCAACUGUAUUGAUUAUGACUUAAAAAAUAAACUCUAUACUACUCUUU